UGAUCCAUCUGAACGAUAGAGACGGUAAUGCACUUGCUAGUCUGCGAUCCGCCGUUAAACCACAAGAAGAACUCUGUCCGUUGCUUCCGCCUCGCCGUGAUGACGUCAGCGCUGACGCGUUCAUUCAGCGUCGAGUCUUCAGAGCUGAGCUCUGCCGCCAUCAGUGAAAGACAAAGACAGGGUUUAUUGAAGGACAGUGAGAAGAUGAGUGAUCCAGAACCCUGCAGAAUUAAACAGGAAGAGACUGAAGAACUAAUAGAUGUGAUGGUGAAGGAGGAGAGAGAAGACCUGAGUGAAGAUGAGGAGAAACAUCAGGUCAAGAGUGAAGAAGAAACUCGCAUAAAGAUUGACCAUAAUUUUUUGAUGGAAACAACAGCCGUGAAAGAUUUCACCUGCACUCAGUGUGGAAAGAGUUUCAGCCAGAAAUACAAUCUCAACGUUCACAUGAGGAUCCACACUGGAGAACAACCUUACAAGUGUUCACACUGCGACAUGAGAUUCCAUUGUGCAAGAAACCUGAAAUCACAUGAGAUGCUUCACACUGGAGAGAAACCACACAAAUGCGAUCACUGCAGCAAAACCUUUAUAAGGGCUACAGAUCUGAAGAUGCAUCUAAGAGUUCAUACAAAGGAGAAGCCUUAUUCAUGCUCUGUGUGUGGAAAGAGUUUUACACAGACGUCAAGUUUAAGGAAGCAUGAGAAGAUCCACACUGGAGUGAGAGAGUUUGUGUGCUUUGAGUGUGGGAAGAGUUUCAUUAAAGCUGGAGACUUGAAACGACACCAGAUGAUUCACACCGGAGAGAAACCGUACAAGUGUUCACACUGCGACUUGAGAUUCAGGUAUUUAGGACACCUAAAAGCACAUCAAAUGAAUCUCACUUCAGAAGAACAGUUGGCGUGUACUCAAUGUGGGAAGAGCUUCAGACAAUUAACAAAACUUAAUCGACACAUGCUGAUCCACACGGGAGAGAGACCACACAAAUGCGAUCAGUGCUGUAAAACAUUUUUGAAGGCUUCAGGGCUGAAGAAACAUCUUCGAGUUCAUACUAACGAGAGGCCUUAUUCAUGCUCUGUGUGUGGAAAUAGGUUUACGCAGGCGUCAAGUUUAAGAAAACAUCAGCAUAUCCACACUGGCGUGAGAGAGUUCGUCUGCUCUGAGUGUGAGAAGAGUUUUAUUACAGCUGGAGACUUGAGACGACACCAGAUGAUUCACACCGGAGAGAAACCGUACAAGUGUUCACACUGCGACAAGAGAUUUCGUAGGUCUGAACGCCUGAAAGCACAUGAGAUAACUCACAGAGAGAAACACACAAAUGCUAUCAGUUUUGCACAUCAAUGAAUUUUUUUAUUCCUGAAAACUCUUGUUUGUAUGUUAAUGAAUUCCAGUCAUUUGUAAGUAGGGCACAUGUAGCUUAAUUACAAUUAGCAUAUCUCCAGGCAUGAAUUGCAGCUGUGUAAUUGUUUGUCCAGCAAUGCAGUGGAAUAUUUAUUAGUUUGGCUCAAACAACAGAUCAUUUGUUUGCGAUGAUUUGUAAUCCAUGAUUGUUAAGUAGUAUCUUGCUUUUAAAAAUAACACUGUAAAAUAUAAAAAAAGUAAAAGGUCAUUCGUUUUAAAAGGUUAGAAAAGUGUAGCAGCCAGUAUUAUCAUUUAUUAAGUAUGUACAAAUUGUUGCUUGUUAAGGAUCUUUACACUUAUCUAUAAACAAUACUGUUUAUACGAUA